AGCAACGGUGGAAUAGUCGGAGGCACGUGUGUAGAUAGAUGUACUCAUCACACGUGCUGUGAGUUAUCGCAACUUCGAGCACAAGACGGUAGCAGCACGUGUAUGGGCACAAGGAAAAAUAAUACCCCUGUCGCACCGACUAAUUUAGAGUCACACGGCCUUGAGUGACACUUGGCAGAAAGUGCACUACUGAUUUAGUGAGUUCCUCAAAAUCGCUUGACUUCAGUUCGCUUCGCCGGAUAGAGUGGGUAGCCUCUACAGCACGCUUUGAGGUACAGAACCCCUGCUAUUGACUGCACUGCAGAAGAACGGCACGAAACACGUAGGUCUCGGGAUUCAAUCAUUUCGAGGAGCGACAACACAGCCAGGUCAAGAUGGACAUCGAGCUGCCCCACACUCCAAAACCUAUCACUUUCACUUUGACGUUUCUGAUAGCGGCGGUAACGUUCACAAUUCCUCCGCCCGACUCGUAUUACGACAAGAGCACUAUUCUACCUCAGUACGACUACGUUAUCGUGGGAGGAGGAAGCGCGGGAUGUGUCCUGGCCAACAAAUUGUCAGAAGACCCCAACAUCACCGUACUCGUAAUCGAAGCUGGAAAGUCCGAAGACGCAACGACGUUAAUUCCCCUGACCGCCUCUUUGCAAAUCAACGAGCACUUUGACUGGAAAUACAGGACAGUGCCACAGAAAAACGCUUGCCUUUCCGUCGUAGACAAGGUUAGUCGCUGGACAAGUGGGAAAGUGCUUGGAGGAAGUAGCGCUAUAAACUUUCUUAUCUACAAACGUGGUAACCCCGAAGACUACGAUCGGUGGGAGAAAGCGGGUGCAGCCGGAUGGGCAUACAAGGACGUCUUACCAUAUUUCAAGGACGUAGAAAACUUCAUGGUUCAACAAUAUGUCAAGAACGGUUAUCACGGCACGAACGGGAGCCUUCCUAUUACGACGAAUUCAUUCCAGACUUUACUGAGCCGAAAGUUCAUGCAAGCAUGCGCGCAGAAGGGAUAUAAGAGGAUCGACUACAAUGCAGACACACAAAAAGGCUAUUCUCGUGUUCAGAACAAUAUUCUUGACGGACGACGUGUGAGUUCAAGCAAGGCCUGGAUCCAGCCUAUCGUUGACGAAAGGCCAAACCUUCAUAUUACCCUGAGCAGCUUCGCCACAAAAAUUAUCCUCGAUGGACGUAUUGCCCGCGGUGUGACGUUCGAAAAGGAUGGAGUAACAUACACCGUCAGCGCUACCCAAGAGGUCAUCAUAUCUGCUGGAACCGUGAGGUCGCCACAGUUACUAAUGGUGUCCGGUAUCGGCCCAAGAGAACACCUCAAAAGCUUAGGGAUUCCCGUCGUAGCUGACCUACCAGUAGGCGACAACCUCAAGGAUCACGUUACUGUUGGAGGAAUCACAGCAUUCAUGAAAGCUGACGCUGAUUUACAGGUUCGGGAUCCCAACGCCCUUCUCAAUUAUAUUACCAAGAGCACCGGUCCGUUCAGUGUUGGAGCAGGAAUAGAAUCCCUCCUCUAUCCGCAGACGAAGUAUGUCACCACUCCCGAUUAUUCGGAUGUGGAGCUAGCCAUGAUUUCUCUUCGACCAGGCAUAGAAGAAACCAAACAACUACUCACGGACGUCGGAUUCCCCGAAGAGGGCUUCGACGCAUACUUCGGCCCACACCAAAACGAACCAGGCUUCCAGCUGUACCCACUGAUGUACGGACCAAAAUCAAAGGGAGUUCUAAGGCUGCGCAGCUCGGACCCCCACGACCAUCCACUCAUAGACCCACGCUACUACUCUCAUCCCGAUGACGUCAAACGCUGUGUUGCAGCCGUGAAAAUUGCCUUGGAUGUGGUUUCGGCGAAAGCGUUGAGAGAAGAUCUUGGAGCUAAAAUCUGGGACAUUCCUUACCCUUCAUGCAAGCAACACAAGCUAUGGUCUGAGAAGUACAUAGCGUGCAUGUGCACCCACUUGACGUUCACGUCGUGGGACUUCUCGGGAACCUGUCGCAUGGGCAACGGAACGAACUCUGUCGUAACGCCGCGUCUCUGCGUUUGUGGCAUUGGCAACCUACGAGUCGUGGACGCUUCAGUGAUGCCCGAAAACGUGGCUGCGAACAGCCACGCCCCAGUCCAGAUGGUUGCCAUGAAAGGUGCUGCGAUGAUCCUGGAAGACUACUAUGCCAAGAGACGGUGACGGAUACUGGGGGAUCAUCUUCAAUGUAGACUGCAGAUGCGGUGGACUCACGUUAAUCCGAUCUUGGAUACUUCAUACUUUCGGUUAAUUCAAAAAUAUUCCAAUUGUUUGUUUAGACCGUUCUCAAUCUGUUGCAAAACCACUUAAUGUGAACGUCGGCUUUGCCUGCGUCAUACUUCCCUCGUAAAAUGUUUCUGUUGCCUUCUGCGUGUUGGUGAUGAGCCACCUGAGGCAUUGCUCAUUGGCACCGCUUGAGGCACCUGCCUUUCCGCGCAUUGCUCACCUUCGCAUGUCUCUGUCUCUGAAAGAAGAGUCUUAUAAGAAACUGGCCGCCUUGGCCAGGAUGACUUUUUCCCGGGGCUCAAGUAUUGCCUAGAAAAUAAGCAAGUGUCUUUUCAAUGCCUCUUCGUUUAUAUCUCGUUGCAUUAAAUGGAUGGAAACAUAUCUUUCGCCAAUGUUUUGCGUGUCCCUACUUAUAUAGUCGGGCUUCUCCAGGGGGAAGGAGGAGAAG